AUGAUCUGUGCGCUGAAGGUCGUUGGGAUUUCUUUGUUGCUACUCGCCACAGUUGUUCAAUCGAAGCCCUUAGUUGAAUUGUACGACAAACUUGUAAAGAAGCAUAACGAAGUCAAGAAUCAACAACUCCUGCAGUUCAUCUCAAAAGCCGUGCCCUACGGCAUUGAUCCACCGAACCCAAAAAUUGCUGAGUAUGAAACGUUCAAAUCGGACAAAUCCGCAAACUUUGUUCGUGACGGGAACGGCAACAUCGUCUUCAGGCAGUUCCGUCGUUUACGGCUAGCUGACGUGCUACAACGACGCGGACGCACCGGGAUAUAG